AUGGCUCCACCCAACAACGAUCCUUCUCCUAUGAACUUCAGCCAGGACGAAGGCAACGGUUACACUACAGGCGUCAGACCCAAGCAGCGGUAUUUCAACAGUAACAAUAACAAUCGUUUCAGUGACAACAAUAACAACAAGGACUCAUCCUCCUGGACACCCAGAGCAGUACCUCCCGUCCCCAUCCACAGCCCUACCUCUACCGCAACCGGUCAUACCUUGUACCCAAACUCAAGACUCCGGAGCCGUGUACCCCUCAGCGACGACUAUUCCACCCCCCAACAACCUGUCACCAACACCAACACCAACAACUCAGCACCCUUACUGCCUGUGGCCUCACACCUCUCCAACGAGAAUAACGAGGACAAGAACGACGACGACGAGAACAAAGAAUAUGUUCGCGACGUUAACAUCUUUCUUAACUAUGUCCGUGAAGUCGAUCCUGUCCCCGUGCCUCUCUCAGACCGAUACGAUGGCGGCAGCAUUCAUGACCUUGACAACGGAUCUGGUUCAUCGAUUGAAGACUUGAUCAAGGACGGAUUCGAUGACUCGAACGAGAACCAUUGGAUUGAUGCCAAGACCAUGGUCUUGAAGGACAAGUUCCCCAAGGCCCAUUUCCAUGUGCUUGUCAUGCCCACUCGAGUUUGCCCUACCUUCGAUGAUUUGAUCUGUGACGAAGGGGUCAUGAUCGUCAAGCAGCUCGUCGAACGCGCCGAGAUCAUCAUCGCCAGAGAGUCCAAGAGAUCGCCUUACCUCCGAUUCAAGAUGGGCUUCCACGCCCUCCCCAGCAUGACACAGGUGCACAUGCACGUCAUCUCAACAGACAUGGAUUCGGACAACACCUACACAAUCUCCGUCUACAACUCCUACACCACAGAGUCCUUCCUAACCCCUGACCAGGUCAUUCGUAACAUCGAGUCCAAAUGGAAGGCCCGAGACAUGGAGUUCUUGACAACGAGGAAUAGGGCAUUUUAUAAUGGUUGGAAUCAUUACGCCCUCACGAGUUGUUUGCUGUGCCCCAUCGCCCUAACAGGAGCGGUGGACAGGCGUUUGCAUGGACAUAAUCGGACACAGAAAUGUAGACAGAGACAGAGAGAGAGACAGAGACAGGCGUCGUCGAGUCAUAAGCAUGCGGAUCCAGAUAUGGAUGCUGCGCUGCAUAAGACUCCUGACGAAAUCUACGUUGGAGGUGGCAUUGUCACUGCUACUACCAUUGGCGCAAGUCUCGUCCCCUAUACAAUCGUCAAGGACAUGGAGACGCAACCCUCCUCCACCGUACCGACCGCUACGGACUUUACCGCCCCCGCUGCAAGCCAACAAGACGUCUGGAAGAGCACCAUCAUCAUCGGCGACAACCGCGUAUCCUGGGACGACCGCUAUGCUGAUUUUGAGCUCCUGAGGAAGCAUCUGAGGGAGCAUUACCUCGAGCAGAAGCGGAUGUACUUUUCUUCGUCUUCCUCUCCUCCUUCUUUGUCGCCUUUAUCGCUCUCCCCUGACUGCGAUCUCGACAAUCACGACCACGAACAUAUCCAUGACCUGAACGACGACCAAAGCAUCACGUUCACCGCUCAAAACAUAUACGACGACAACGACGACGACGACAAGAGCGGCCACAACGAGGACGAAGAUGUGUUGUCAAGCACCACCGUUCCCCUCCUCCUCAUCCACGGCGCACUCGACGCGUAA